AAUCGAUCAAAGCUGGCGGCGAUCGCAAAUUAUAACGAUAUAACUUUACUCGGGUAAAUCGCCGAGUGCUCAGUUGACGCGGAAUCAGAAACUAUGGCAUCUCCGAUCAAGCGAAUGAUGAGUUUACGGGAGACGAAGUCUAACAAGGUAAAUGGUGAAUCGCCUUCCCAAAGUCCAAAUCGAAAGCCAAAAAUCUUGAAAAUUCUACGCAGACAAUCAUUUAAUCAAGGUAGAAAGCGUAGUAAUGACGAAUCCAGCACUCGUUCCGCUCCAGAAGUAGUGGACGAUCAACAGAAUGUACCGAAACCGGUUGUGAAAUCGCCUAAUCAAAUACGUGAUUUGGAAGCCUUUCAACAGUACCACAAAGAACUACGCAGUGCAGUUCAGUAUUUUAUUCUUAUUUUGAACAAUUUCAAGAGCAACAUGGACAUUGUGAUGGCAAAAAUCCCGGACAACACUUCGAUCGUGUUGGAGUCAAUCAUCAAUAUCGACAAUAUGCUUGAUACCUGUCUGCGACUUCAUAGUAGUAACAGCGAUCUGUUACCUUACAGAAAAUCAAUUCACAAACGAAUGGCAGAGCUAGUUCGAUGGAGCGAUCAGCUUUUGGUGCGAGGAAACGUUAAAGGCAAUCUCGAAGAAGGAAUCGAAUGCGUUAAAGAUCUUGAAGCGAGCGUGCAGGAAUUAGUGGAUUUGGCAAUUCCGCGGCUUAGAAAACGGGAACUAAAUGAUGAAAUUCGAAACUCAAUUUUCAUGUUCGAAGGAAGCAGUGAAAGUAUUCAAGUUGGUGAAUCGGACUACGGACAUUCGUCUAAUCGAAGAGAUUCGGGAAUCAGCGAAGGGAGUCUUGUAGAUAGUGCUUGUCAGGAUUCCAGUUCUUCAAGGGCUUCUCCGGCUACUUCUCGUGAUUCUGGUCGCGGUUCUUAUAACUACAUCCUUGAUCAACCUGAUACAGCUCAUCAUAAUGGAUACUUAAGCCCUCCUGAACCUCCAGUCCGAGGAAGGCAGUCAUUCAGGAGCACAUCAAAUUACAACCAUCAACGCAAUCCUGCCUCCUUAAAAAACUCUGACUGGUCACUCAGCCAGGCAAGCGAUUCAUCCAGCUAUCGCUCUCUACCGCACUCACCAGUUAGUUCUCAGGAUGAAUUCAAUGGUCAUGCAUUUCUAUCAGCAUCAAGCUCUGUUGAAGAAGAAGGAUCAUUCUUUUCUGCAGAUGAUCAUGAAGAACCAGAGGGCCCUAUAAUCCAAGCCUCUUUUCUGGGAUACAUAGAGAAUCAUGAAUUAUCAACACCCAAAAAGAAAUCCUUUCAAGUGUACAUUGAACUUGUUGGAAAUUACACUCAGCCUGCUGAUGGGAUCUUAAAACGGCCAUCAUCUGCUUAUGAUGGUUACCAGGAAAGUUUUCGGCGUAGCAUCAGUACAAAUGCAAAUUCUCCCACCUCACCUGUGCUCAAUAAAGAAAUGUUUGCAUUUCGAAACGUUGCAGAUUCAGAACGUUCUCAUUCUCUUCCCACCUUGCAAGCAAGUACAGGAAAACUCUCGCCUUCCCACCAAAUCAAAACAAAUGGAACCCUGGACUGGAACAAAAAUGUCAGAACAGAUUCUCAAAGGAAAAAGCUACUUCCUCUUGAGGAGGAACGGUGCCGGAAACAAAGUAACACCAGCAGUAGCUCAAGCAGUUUGAGUGGUACAGAAGAUGAGGACGUCAAUACCCCUGCACUCGAUUGUUUGGAUGUUUCGAGGUUUCUUGUCUAUCGCAAUGAUGACGAUGGGCCGACGCUCAUCGGUGGAGCUAUUGAUGCACUCAUUGUCCACGCCAGUGGUUCAACAAAGAAAGACCUGGUUUAUUAUGAAGCUUUCCUCACCACUUAUAGAACUUUCAUUUCUCCAAAGGAUCUUAUCACCAAACUCCUCUACAGGGAGAGAAGGUUUCGAGAGAAAGGUUCUAAGAGAGCCAGCCAAAAUGCUUUCUUCUUACUUCUCAGAGUUGUUGAUGAAUUGACUGGAAAAGUUGAGAGAAGCAUCUUGGAGCAGCUAAUGAAAGAAGUGUAUCGCCUUCUUGUAAAUGGAGACAUUGUUCUUGGGAAGAUUUUGCGUGACAAAAUGUUGCCAAAGUGUGACAAUUACUACAAGUCGCGUUCUCCUUCGAGCAUCACUCCUCCUACCCUCCCCAUGGAUCCAGCACAGAGGUACACAGUGUUGGAUUUUAAUGCUGAGGAUCUUGCAAAACAACUCACCUUAAUUGAUGCAAGGAACUUCCACAACAUUGAAAUUCCAGAAAUCCUUGCAUGGGGUAAGGAACAAAAGGAGGAACUCUCACCAAACUUGUGCAUUUUUACAGAUCACUUCAACAAAGUUUCCUAUUGGUGUCGUACACAUGUUCUCUCAUUUGAGAAACAGAAGGACAGGGAGCAGGCCUACCUUAAAUUCCUGAAAAUCAUGAAGCAUUUACGGAGGUUCAAUGACUUUAACUCAUUUUUUGGAAUCCUUUCUGCGCUGGACUGUUCUGCAGUGAGGAGACUCAACUGGCCCAAGAAUUUGCCAGAGAAUCUAGCAGAGUAUGCAACAUUGAUUGACAGCUCAUCAUCUUUCAGGUCAUAUCGGGAUGCACUGGCACAAGCACAGCCACCUUGCAUUCCCUAUCUUGGACUCAUCCUCCAAGAUGUCACAUUUGUUUACCAUGGUAACGCAGAUGAACUGCCUGAUGGCAAAGUGAAUUUUGUGAAGAGGUGGCAGCUUUUUAAUAUUGUUGACAAUGUGCGACGGUUUAAACUUACAAGUUAUGAUUUCGAGUGGAAUGAUCAGAUUUCACAACUAUUUGCAGGAAUGGACAAUUUCUUGUCAGAAGAGGAUCUGUAUGAGAGGUCUCUUAAACUGAAGCCUCGAGAAUGAACGUAACUACAUCUCCUAGUUCAAUUUCAUGACAUUUGUGGAUAUGUACCUCAAGGUGAAAAUAUUAUUGCAUUUAUGCAGUCCACAUAAUAUUCAAUCACAUUUUGAAAUUUUUUAGAAAAAUGCCUAAAUCCUUUUUUUUUGUUUUUAUUGUUUUUCUUCUUCAGGCUUCAUAAAUAAUUUAGUGGUGGCUGGUUGUAUAUUGAGUGAAUUGUUUCAUUUUGGUGACUGUUAGCUUCUAGAAACACAGGCAAUGCAAAUGCCUAGGCAAUAUGGUGCAACCACGCUGUAUAGAUCUGAGAAUAAUUCUGUAUCGAUCUGAGAAAAAUUCUUUGUCUGCCUCAGUGGCACCAUUAUUGGUUGCUUGACAAUAAGAGAGAGAAAAAGCAAGUUAAGAAAGAUGGGAAAAGACUUAAAUACUUAAAUACUCUCCUUAAAUUUUACUGUCUCACUUCAUGGCUCUUGCACCAAACUGUCAUGAAGGCAAUGAAAACUGCUAGCUACACAGCUUAUAUUGUGCCAUGUUACCAAAUUUUCAUUUUAACUUGUUUUGAGUUUUAAAGAAUGUGCGUGUGAUGAGGUACUGUAUGUAUGUUUUUCCAGGAUGCCAACAUUAACCGAUUUUUUGGGCACCAGGUUGAAAACCAUUUUAUAUCGAGUCUGGACAAUUGGUCUGUGGAAAAGCAAUUGAGAGAAAAUUGUGGAAAAUAAUUGAUAGAUCAAAGGUUGUCUUGUAAAGUGCAUGAAAAUAGCGUCACUGAAUAUAAUCUUGCAGUUUUUCAGUUUUUAGGUUAUAUUUGCAUGCCAACAUACUAAAAAAAAUCUUAGACUGUCUUUAGUAACUCAGUGUACCUAUGAUAUAGGAUUUUUAUAAGUCAUAGUUUGCAAGAGGUACAGUUGCAUGCAGCAUUUAAGGCAGGUUUUUUUUAUGAUGUAGCUAACGCACACUGCAAUAUUGCUUCUGCAACAAUCUGUACCACAAUUACCACACAGCAAUUUGCGCAAGAUGCCCAUUAACAAUCAUCAGUUUCGGAUUGUUUAUAUUUCAGGUUUUAAAUUACAGUGAUAGUUGAGGGUAAUUUAACAAAGUCUGGAAUUGAGAGGAAGUAUACAGUUGUUCUCAAUAUUUUUGGUCAAUGUAGACAUGCAUAAAUUAUGUUUCUAGAGGGUGUUUUUAUGUUUAUAAAAAAUUUCACUAUAUAGAUAAACUAUUCCAGUAUUAUUAAUAUUGUUUUUAUAAGCUUCUGAAACUGCAAUAUUAUUUAUGGCUUUUUGGGUCACGGCUUGAUGGAAUAUUGGUGCUUUCAAUUAUCUUUUAUAUUUCAGGAAAGUUGAAUGCAAUCUAUUUUGUGCAAUGAAAUAAUUUUUAUGAGAAAUAUGUGAGUGAGUGGUUAGGUUUUACAGUCAUUUUAAUUAUUAACAGAUAACAUAUUUUUGUAUUUUUGAAAACAAUUUUGAAAAGACAAGGAGUUUUGAGUGAUCACUUGAAAUCUGAGGUAGAUUUGUUUAUUGCAUAGGAUGUGGAGUGAUAGGGAGAAAAUUUUUUUAGUGUGUGUUUUUCAAAUUAUUUUUUAACAUGUACAUGUAAAUGCUUAAAAUAAUUGAUGUGCUUGAAGCAAUUGAAUUGCCUGCUUUGAGUCAAGCUGGCUCUCAGCAGGUUAAAAGAUAAUCUCUCUUUUCAUCAAUUUUAUCAGAUAAUGUUUGUUUCAGGAUAAAUUACCUUUUUGCUAUAUCCUGUCUGACUAUGCCCACUUGACAAAUUUUAUUUGCAUGCCUUGAUAAGAAGAAAAUAAGCUUUACUUUACGUAACUGGCUUAAAACAUUAGUGCGGAGAACAGACAAAUUGCUGCAAGUUACAGUGUAGUGAAGCCAAAGUUAAAUUUCGAAAGUGAAAGUGCCUGUCUGUGUGAUGUUAUUCCAACUUGUUAUUAUGAAAGAAAAGUUACAAUGUCAUUCUCUCAGAGAGUUAACACUGUGUCACUGCAGGAGACAAUUUUAGUCACAGAUUAGAUAAAUAGCUUGCUGUGCUUCUUAUUUCUCAAUGCAAUCAAAUUUUAGAUCUCUCAAAGGAAGUUUUAAGAAGCAUCUAAGUACUCCAAUUUUAAUCUGAAAAUAAUUUACAUUGUUAAAACUUUUUUUAUAAUUGAUGAGAACCAC